UGGAAAAAUGUCCAAUGGAACACGUAGACAUUCUCAAUGGUGGGUAAGGGAAAUAGGCCGAACGCGGUGAGUAUAUAAGGUUUGAAGUGCCACUAUAGCUCGAUCCAGCAGCAGUUGCUUUCCGCCUUCUGAGCUUAAUCUGAGACAGACACCACCAAAGAACUCAAGAUGUGUGACGACGACGAGACUACAGCUCUGGUGUGCGACAACGGCUCCGGCCUUGUGAAGGCUGGGUUCGCCGGUGAUGACGCCCCCAGGGCUGUCUUCCCCUCCAUCGUUGGUCGCCCUCGUCACCAGGGUGUCAUGGUCGGUAUGGGUCAGAAGGACUCCUACGUAGGAGAUGAAGCUCAGAGCAAGAGAGGUAUCCUUACUCUUAAGUACCCCAUCGAGCACGGUAUCAUCACUAACUGGGACGAUAUGGAGAAGAUCUGGCACCACACCUUCUACAACGAGCUGCGUGUGGCCCCCGAGGAGCAUCCCACUCUGCUCACUGAGGCCCCCCUGAACCCCAAGGCUAACCGUGAAAAGAUGACUCAGAUCAUGUUUGAGACAUUCAACGUCCCCGCCAUGUAUGUUGCGAUCCAGGCUGUGCUGUCUCUGUACGCCUCCGGUCGUACCACUGGUAUUGUGCUGGACUCCGGUGAUGGUGUGACCCACAAUGUACCCAUCUAUGAGGGUUAUGCUCUUCCCCACGCCAUCAUGCGCCUGGAUUUGGCUGGUCGCGAUCUGACUGACUACCUCAUGAAAAUCCUCACCGAGCGUGGCUACUCUUUCGUCACAACCGCCGAGCGUGAGAUCGUGCGUGACAUCAAGGAGAAGCUGUGCUAUGUGGCUCUGGACUUCGAGAACGAGAUGGCCACCGCUGCCUCCUCCUCCUCCCUUGAGAAGAGCUAUGAGCUUCCCGAUGGUCAGGUCAUCACCAUCGGUAACGAGCGUUUCCGUUGCCCAGAGACCCUCUUCCAGCCUUCAUUCAUUGGUAUGGAGUCUGCGGGUAUUCACGAGACCGCCUACAACAGCAUCAUGAAGUGCGACAUUGACAUCCGUAAGGACCUGUAUGCCAACAAUGUCCUGUCCGGUGGUACCACCAUGUACCCUGGUAUUGCUGACCGUAUGCAAAAGGAGAUCACCGCCCUGGCUCCCAGCACCAUGAAGAUCAAGAUCAUUGCCCCACCUGAGCGUAAAUACUCCGUCUGGAUCGGUGGCUCCAUCCUGGCUUCCCUGUCCACUUUCCAGGCUAUGUGGAUCACCAAGCAGGAAUACGACGAGGCAGGCCCCAGCAUUGUCCACCGCAAGUGCUUCUAAAUGUAUCAUCUCCUGCAUCUGUUUGCUCUGGAUCCCCAAGAGGAACAACACAAUGUUGUCACUGGACUGUUUUUGUAACCAUGUGUUAUCUGGAAAGAAAAUCUGCAAAUGUGAACCAGCAUCAACAAGAACGAGACAUGACAUGUUAUUAUUCAACAUGUGAAUGUAAAUGUACAUAAAUACUAAGUUAUUAAAGUCCAUUAUUUGGUAUUUUCAUAUAUGUCUGUUUUAUAAUCACAAUGCCGCAAUAUGUAGGCCUAUGUUGUAAAGCACAUAACAUGAUCAUCACACAAUAAACCAAUAGGCCUUCAGUCCAA